CAAAUGACGCAAAAAAAGCGACAAGCACUGCAUAGGAAGAAUAUCUAUCAUCACGUGCACACAUUGUGCAAGUUUUUGUCAAACACAAAACAUAACGGGUUAUUUGGCAUAACUUGAUCAGUACAUUUCUAUUAGAUAUAUACAAUGGCUGUUCUUGUAGUAGUUCUGAAUGUAUUUAUCCAGUUGUCCACCGCUGCCUUGAUUCUAAACCAGUCUCUGACCACUGAUAAUGAACACCUCAUACCAAGGAAUUCCGACAUAAUACGACAAUUACUAAAUCAAGAGACGUUAAUACGGAUGUCAAUGAGGAAAGAUCUACAGAAUCUCCAGAAAGAUCAGACAACACUGGAGAGGGAGAACCAGGUACGAGAGAAAGAAUUCAAUAAUCUGAAGGUCAAGUUUGAAGAAUUAAAGAAUGAAACCAUUUCCCUGAAAAAACUGAAUGUGAACUUAACUAAUGAAGUCACUGAUUUGUUGAAUGAAAAAGACAAAACUGAGAAAAUGAUCACGGCAAGAGAUGGAAAUAUAACUGAUAUAGUGAGGAAAAUUGAGGAGUUAUCCAAAUUAAGUUCUUUACCGGUCCAUGAUGUUAUCAACAAUUUAAGAGAUGUCCGAUAUCAGUUAUCUGGUUAUCCUGACCUACUUGUACAAUCAGCUUGUGCAGGACAAAGCGAGACUUCGGGUCACGUGGCAGCUGUGAGAAGAACGUGUUCGAAUGAGGCUCCUUCCUGCGAUACAGUUUGUAAAGCAGCCACACCCCAGAUGAAAGCUAGAGUGAAUGAGGGCUCCAAAGAGGCAACAUGUUUCAUGUCUUUCCACUUUUAUGAUGGGGAUAAGAAGAUUAAACCAGGUGCUCCGGGAAAGUUUAAUCGACUCAUGUACCGCUACCAUCCGGGUGCUUGCUCGGGACAGUAUUGCGGGCCGAAUUUUUGUUGCUGUAGAUUUUAAUUAACACACUGAAAUUCUUUGGGUCUCCGCCAACAAAACUUUUGUGACAUUUUAUUAGGCUUUACUUGUUGGAUACAUGA